AUGUACCUGACUUGUGACCUAUUUGGGGCGAAACGAGAUACACCAUCAACUAACCCAACUGCGCGCCAGAGAAGAUGGAAUGGUAGCAAAAAAAUUCAUUGUGGUUUUAAGGUUGCGGAAGUGAAACGGUUUGAUGGUAGAUGGGAGCUCAGAAUAUUUUAUGGGAAGCAUAAUCAUUACCCGGUAUAUAUGUCUGGGCAUGGGCUGAGUCCAUUGUCGAAAAAGGAGUUGGAGAUUAUUAAAGAUUUGUCAAAAAGUCAUGUGCCGCCGAAGAAGAUUAUGGCUCACUUGAAACAAAUGGGCUUGGGUCUCAAUGCGUAUAUGAAACAAAUAUACAAUGCAAAGGAUCAUUUCAAAAAAGAAGCUAGGGGUGACCAUACAGUGAUGCAACAUUUGAUUGUGUUGCUUGAGGAGCACAAAUAUUACAUGUGGAUUCGUACUGAUGAAACAACACAUGAAGUUAUUGAUUUGAUGUGGGCUCACCCUCAAUCUGUCGAAUUGCUAAGUAAGUUUCCGUACGUUAUACUACUUGACAGUACUUACAAAACCAAUCAAUACAAAAUGCCUUUGUUGAAGAUUGUCGGUGUUACUUCUGUGGGUCGUAAUUUUACUGUUGGAGUAGUAUUUAUGCGCCAUGAAAAUGAAAACCAUUAUACUUGGGUAUUGCAGAGACUGAAAAGACUUUACUCCCCAGACACUCUACCUAGUGUAAUUGUGACUGAUCGAGUGUUAGGACUCUUGAAGGUGUUAGAGAAUGUAUUUCCGACCGUGGAUCAUCUUUUAUGUCUUUGGCACAUUAACAUGAAUGUGGGUCGUCGUGCUGCACGAUGUUUGGGCAAUAGUAAGUCGCGAGGGAUUGCAUUCGUACGUGGCCCAUGGCAAAAUGUUGUAACAUCCCUAUGUGAGGAAGAUUUCAACAGGAAUUACAUGACUUUGAUGGACGAGUACGCAAAUUAUCCACAGUUGAUCGAGUACCUCCAAGACACUUGGAUCAUAUACAAAGAGAAAUUUGUUCGUGCAUGUACGGAUUAUAUUUUUCAUUUGGGCAAUACAGCGACUAGCAGGGUGGAAAGUAACCAUAGAGCAUUGAAGAGAUGGUUGGAUGCGUCCACAUGCGGAUUUGACACAUUUUGGGCACAAUAUCAUUCACAAAUAACAGAUCAGCUUAAUGAGAUCCUGAAUGACUUUGCGAAGUCAAAGAGGAUUCGGGCUAAGACGAUUAAUGUGCCUGUGUUUAAAAUUUUGUCCGGUGGAAUUGUAACUCAUGCCGCUCUGAAGCUUUUGGACGCUGAGAUGGAGACAGGUUUAGACAGCUACACUCAUUUUCUGAGGACAACUUAUGGCCUCCCAUGCAAACAUGAAAUUGAUAUUAAGGUGAAUUCGCGAGGUGAUUUGUUUUAUGCGGAGGAUGUUCACUUGUCUUUGAGGACAACAGUUUUGGUGGAUGGUAACCAAGAAAAAAAUGUUGGUUCCGUUUCCGAUCACAGGACACAGGCUAUUUUUCAGCUCGACGGAUUAAUUGAUGAGCUGCGUCAACGGUCUGAAAUUGAAAUUAUUGAUGUGACAGGUGUAGUUUUCGAACGAAUGCAUCCUGGGGAGAAGGAAUUAAAUGAAACACCAGUAGUAGACCGCCCGAGAGGCAGACCGCAGAACGACUCCACACGUAGGGAUAAUUCAGCACAUGAGUAUCCACUAUACCCCACACCGGACGAAAAUAACGCAACUGGACGAGGACGAGGACGAGGACGAGGCAACAGAGGUCGUAGUGCAUCUUAUGAAAGAUCUAGCAGAAACUGUAGCCGUUCAUCGACUGAGAGUGGACCCGAAAUGGUACGAAUGCCCCAACCUGAUUUUUUGCGAAAUCUUCAUUUCUGUCGUGUUCCUGAGUUUGUGACAUGGACGUACAUUCGAGGGGAUGGUAAUUGUGGUAAUAGAAGCAUUGCAUGUGCAGUGAAAGAUCACGAGGUUGGAUAUUUAUAA